AUGUCUCGAACCCCUGACAUAGAGAGAGGCGUGGACCAAGGUCUUCGACAUGACCUCCUCGGCUUCGCAGCCUUGUCGUCAUGGAUGGCCUCGGAUGAAGACCGAGAGCUCCUUGUAUUCCGAAGGUUUAACGAGAUAAGCGCCCGGAACCUUCUAUACUUGCAAUGCGAGCUGCUAGCACUUGAAGGAGAACUAAGCAGAUGGGACAAAAUGGUCUCCAGCAGCGGUAACACGGCACUAGAACAGGCUGCGGAGACGUGGGAAAUAAUGGUUGAGCAGGCUAACAAGGACACACAAGACGCAAAGAAGAUGGUUGACCUAGUCGCAAAGCUAAGGGUGAAGAUGAAGGAGUACCACGAAGCUUUGGAUCUCCAGAGCAGGGUAGCCCGGUUGCAACACCCCAAUAGACGAGCUUUAGAGGUAGCUCGGAAUGAGCUCCAUGGAGGGCCUCUAGGAGAGGACGGCAGCAAGCCAAACCCAAUCUUAGGCGGGGAGGCUAAGAACUAUCUGGAUGAUGAGGGGGAUUUGGUCUCCCUUGGAGCACCGGUGGAGACAGAUAUGCUCUUCAAGACGCUCCGAGCCUACUGGCCGGGAAAGGAAGAAGUCUCAAGGGAUGGCAUCCGUCGGAUCAGCCGCUUCGAGGAGCGAUCCAUCACGAUAGCGGUAGCGCUCAUCAACAUCGUCAUUGCAAUAAUCCUACUGGUAGGAUCGAUAACGAGUCUCUACUUUGUGAGCUCGCCGGCGGCGAUACUGGGUAUGAUCAGCGCCUUUACGAUUGCAUUUGCGCUCAGCGUGGGGUUGAUGACCAAUGCGAAGAGGGCAGAGAUCUUUGCAGGGAGCGCAGCAUUUGCUGCUGUGCUCGUCGUGUUUCUUAUUGUCAAGCUUGCCGCCCGACCCGCAGAACUUGUCGACGAGCUGCGCGCUGCGACCAAUGUCCAGUUCCGACUUCGUCAUGUUGUCGAAAUCAGUCCAGAUGAGCUUGAAGGAUUCUGUGUUCUUGAUUCUCUGGAUGAGGUAGUUAGGCCGUACCUAGCUCCGGACUAG